AUGAAUGACACAGUAACUAUACAGACCAGGAAGUUCAUGACCAUCAGACUACUUCAACAGAAACAGAAACAAAUGGUCACUGACGUCCUUCACCCUGGGAAGGCAACAAUACCCAAGAAAGAAAUUCGGGAAAAAUUAGCCAAAAUGUAUAACACCACACCAGAUGAUAUCUUUGUGUUUGGAAUCAGAACCCAUUUUGGUGGUGGCAAGACAACUGGUUUUGCAAUGAUUUAUGAUUUCUUGGAUUAUGCAAAGAAAAAUGCACCCAAACACAGACUUGCAAGACAUGGCUUAUACAAUAAGAAGACCUCAAGAAAACAGAGAAAGGAAUGCAAGAACAGAAUGGAGAAGGUUAGGAGGGACUGCAAAAGCCAAUGUUGGUGCUGA